AGGUACAUAAAACCCCUAGGCCCUAUUCAGAUUUUCUUUACCAGUUAGCAGCUUUCAUUGUGAAACAUCAGAGUCCCUUUAGACAGCUUUUUGUUUGUUUGAGACAGAGUCUCGGUUUGUCACCCAGGCUGAAGUGCAGUGGCGCCAUCUUGGCUCACUGCAACCCCUGCCUUCUGGGUUCAAGUGAUUCUCAAGCCUCAGCCUCCUGAGUAGCUGGAGUUACAGGCUCCCACCACCAGGUCCGGCUAAUUUUUUAUACUUUUAGUAGAGAUGGGGUUUCGCCGUGUUGGCCAGGCUCAUCUGGAACUCCUGACCGCAAGUGAUCUGCCUGCCUCAGCCUCCCAGAGUGCUGGGAUUAUAGGCAUGAGCCACCGCGCCCAGCCCCUUCAGACAGCUUUUACAUAAACAAUUGGAUACACCAGGAACCCCAGUCAUCCCUUGUGCUGUGGAUGCAUCCUGGUUCCCUGAAAGAGGCAGCAUGAUGGUACCCAUGUUUCAUAGCAGUGUAUUGCAAACUCUAGUGUGCAUCCAAGUCUCGUUAAAAUGCAAUUUCUGUAUAGGAUUCAGUAGGUCUAGGAGGGGUACUGGGAUUCUGCAUUUCUAACAAACUCCAACGUGAUGCCAGUGCUGCUGGUCUGUGAACCACUGUUGAAUAGCAAGGUUCUAGAAGAAGGUCUUAUUCAGGCUUUUCAUGUGGGAAAUCUGGGCUUGCCUAGUAUGGAUAUAUAUUUUUUAUUCAUAUUCCACCCACCUAACUUUGAAGAAGAAAGAUGCCUAUUUCUUUUCCCCACAAUUCCUUUCUUCCACUCCCUGCCCUAUCCCUUCCUCCCCUUCUUGAACAGAGGCUGCUUAGCUUAGCAGUGGCAGGAGUCCCUCUGAGGAUUUGAUUUUUAAAAACCAUUGAAGAGGUGUAAAGGACCCUGCUUGCUGAAAGGAAAAGGAAGAGUGACUGGGCCUCCCCCAGGUCAUCCCUGUCCUGAGCAGGCACCUGGGAACAAUUAACUGGCAUAGUCUCCAGAGAAUGACCCAGGUAAAGUCAUGAAGCUGAGCCCCAAAGCAGAAGAAGUAGCUACGUUCUUUGCAAAAAUGCUCGACCAUGAAUAUACUACUAAGGAAAUAUUUAGGAAAAAUUUCUUUAAAGACUGGAGAAAGGAAAUGACUAAUGAAGAGAAGAAUAUUAUCACCAACCUCAGCAAAUGUGAUUUUACUCAGAUGAGCCAGUAUUUCAAAGCCCAGUCGGAAGCUCGGAAACAGAUGAGCAAGGAAGAGAAACUGAAAAUCAAAGAGGAGAAUGAAAAAUUACUGAAAGAAUAUGGCUUCUGUAUUAUGGAUAACCACAAAGAGAGGAUUGCUAACUUCAAGAUAGAGCCUCCUGGGCUUUUCCGUGGCCGGGGCAACCACCCCAAGAUGGGCAUGCUGAAGAGACGAAUCAUGCCUGAGGAUAUAAUCAUCAACUGUAGCAAAGAUGCCAAGGUUCCUGCUCCUCCUCCAGGACAUAAGUGGAAAGAGGUUCGACAUGAUAACAAGGUUACUUGGCUGGUUUCCUGGACAGAGAACAUCCAAGGUUCCAUUAAAUACAUCAUGCUUAACCCUAGUUCACGAAUCAAGGGUGAGAAGGACUGGCAGAAAUACGAGACUGCUCGGCGGCUGAAAAAAUGUGUGGACAAGAUCCGGAACCAGUAUCGAGAAGACUGGAAGUCCAAAGAGAUGAAAGUCCGGCAGAGAGCUGUAGCCCUGUACUUCAUCGACAAGCUUGCUUUGAGAGCAGGCAAUGAAAAGGAGGAAGGAGAAACAGCGGACACUGUGGGUUGCUGCUCACUUCGUGUGGAGCACAUCAAUCUACACCCAGAGCUGGAUGGUCAGGAAUAUGUGGUAGAGUUUGACUUCCUCGGGAAGGACUCCAUCAGAUACUAUAACAAGGUCCCUGUUGAGAAACGAGUUUUUAAGAACCUACAACUAUUUAUGGAGAACAAGCAGCCUGAGGAUGAUCUUUUUGAUAGACUCAAUACUGGUAUUCUGAAUAAGCAUCUUCAGGAUCUCAUGGAGGGCUUGACAGCCAAGGUAUUCCGUACAUACAACGCCUCCAUCACGCUACAGCAGCAGCUAAAAGAACUCACAGCCCCGGAUGAGAACAUCCCAGCGAAGAUCCUUUCUUAUAACCGUGCUAAUCGAGCUGUUGCAAUUCUUUGUAACCAUCAGAGGGCACCACCAAAAACUUUUGAGAAGUCUAUGAUGAACUUACAAUCUAAGAUUGAUGCCAAGAAGGAACAGCUAGCAGAUGCCCGGAGAGACCUGAAAAGUGCUAAGGCUGAUGCCAAGGUCAUGAAGGAUGCAAAGACCAAGAAGGUAGUAGAGUCAAAGAAGAAGGCUGUGCAGAGACUGGAGGAACAGUUGAUGAAGCUGGAAGUUCAAGCCACAGACCGAGAGGAAAAUAAACAGAUUGCCUUGGGAACCUCCAAACUCAAUUAUCUGGACCCUAGGAUCACAGUGGCUUGGUGCAAGAAGUGGGGCGUCCCAAUUGAGAAGAUUUACAACAAAACCCAGCGGGAAAAGUUUGCCUGGGCCAUUGACAUGGCUGAUGAAGACUACGAGUUUUAGCCAGUCUCAAGAGGCAGGGUUCUGUGAAAAGGAACAGUGUGGUUUGGGAAAGAUGGAUAAACUGAGCCUCGCUUGCCCUCGUGCCUGGGGGAGAGAGGCAGCAAGUCUUAACAAACCAACAUCUUUGCAAAAAGAUAAACCUGGAGAUAUUAUAAGGGAGAGCUGAGCCAGUUGUCCUAUGGACAACUUAUUUAAAAAUAUUUCAGAUAUCAAAAUUCUAGCUGUAUGAUUUGUUUUGAAUUUUGUUUUUAUUUUCAAGAGGGCAAGUGGAUGGGAAUUUGUCAGCGUUCUACCAGGCAAAUUCACUGUUUCACUGAAAUGUUUGGAUUCUCUUAGCUACUGUAUGCAAAGUCCGAUUAUAUUGGUGCGUUUUUACAGUUAGGGUUUUGCAAUAACUUCUAUAUUUUAAUAGAAAUAAAUUCCUAAACUCCCUCCCUUCUCCCCCAUUUCAGGAAUUUAAAAUUAAGUAGAACAAAAAACCCAGCGCACCUGUUAGAGACGUCACUCUCUAUUGUCAUGGGGAUCAAUUUUCAUUAAACUUGAAGCAGUUGUGGCUUUGGCAGUGUUUUGGUUCAGACACCUGUUCACAGAAAAGCAUGAUGGGAAAAUAUUUCCUGACUUGAGUGUUCCUUUUUAAAUGUGAAUUUUUAUUUUUAAUUAUUUUAAAAUAUUUAAACCUUUUUCUUGAUCUUAAAGAUCGUGUAGAUUGGGGUUGGGGAGGGAUGAAGGGCGAGUGAGUCUAAGGAUAAUGAAAUAAUCAGUGACUGAAACCAUUUUCCCAUCAUCCUUUGUUCUGAGCAUUCGCUGUACCCUUUAAGAUAUCCAUCUUUUUGUUUUUAACCCUAAUCUUUCACUUGAAAGAUUUUAUUGUAUAAAAAGUUCCACAGGUCAAUAAAUUUAGAGGAAAAUGAGUAUUUGGUCCAAAAAAGAAAAAUAAUCAAGAUUUUAGGGCUUUUAUUUUUUCUUUUGUAAUUGUGUAAAAAAUGGAAAAAAAAAACAUAAAAAGCAGAAUUUUAAUGUGAAGACAUUUUUUGCUAUAAUCAUUAGUUUUAGAGGCAUUGUUAGUUUAGUGUGUGUGCAGAGUCCAUUUCCCACAUCUUUCCUCAAGUAUCUUCUAUUUUUAUCAUGAAUUCCCUUUUAAUCAACUGUAGGUUAUUUAAAAUAAAUUCCUACAACUUAACGGAAA